AAGAUGACAUGUACCUUGGACAGCGCUUGAAAAGUUACAUUUAGGUUUGCAGCAUAAGUGUCCGAUGGAGCAGACCGACAGAUGCCCUGCAGCUUCCUGUCCUCCUGCCCUGCUCAGCAGCACAGCCGCAGCUCCUGCAGAGGACAUGAUCAGGCUGCAGCAUGGGACAGCAUCCGAGGAGUGGGUGGUGCCCCUGCCUGUUUGAAGGAUCAGCGCAGCGAGACAGGAAGGGAGGGAGACACGCAGUGAAGGUUCCUGUGGGGUUCAUGGGGCGCCUGCUCCAGGUGAGGUUAAACCAGCAUUAUGACUGAAUUAGAGGUCUCAGAAGGGGGGGAUGACCCCCCGCCUUACAUGAUCUUUGUGGUGGUCUUCCUCUUCUUCCUCACCGGACUGUUUGGCUUCCUUGUCUGCCACCUUCUGAAAAAGAAGGGCUACCGCUGCCGAACCGGGGAAUUGGAUGACGAAGAGGAGGAGGAAGAGAAGAUCGGCAUAAAUGCAGACGAGGACGACGAAGAGAACCAGGAUACUGUGGAGCAGAUCCUCAAAUGCAUUAUUGAAAAUGAAGCUAACAUGGAAGCCUUCAAUGAGAUGUUUGGAAACCAAAAUGUGUGUGUGCGCCAUGACCCCAGGUUGCGUAAGGAGUCCCUUGGUGGUGUUCCUCCCCAUCACCACACAGUCCACUCAGGUGCCGACCACAACUCCUGCCACCUUUGUGCUCAGGUCCGAUCUAAAAAGGGCCGACGCCAAAGCCGAACCCCCCGCUCUAAACAACGACCUGGAGAGCAGACUGUCUUCUCUGUUGGAAGGUUCAGGGUGACACACACUGAUAAGAAGCUCCAUGGAGGUCCUAAUCCAAUGGGCAGUUCAGGGGACCAGUUGGAUCAAUCCCAGGACAGCGAGGAGCGUAAGGAGGGUGUGUACAAUCUGAGAAGCAUGUUCAAGGAUGUCCGACCGCCCUCAGACGGCUCAAACGGGGUGACUCCGAAUGUGGGGAAACGCAAGAAGAGUGUUAGCAUAUUUGGUCUGAGGCGUGGCAGCGACCCCAUUGGCAUUAAAGCAAGAGAGGGGACAGGCAGGGACACUGCAGGAGUAAGACUCGCUAUUCAGCAGCAACCUGUAGUGCUGGAGGAACUGCUGCCGGCAGAGAACAUUGCAAUCGCAUCUGAACGUGUUGCUAAACCUGGUAUCAAACUUGAAGCGGAGAGCAAAAACAAUCAAACGCCUGCUUCACCUCAACGUGAGAAUAAAACGUCCACUUCUGUUAAUUCUCCCUCUUCCAAAGCUCAGUCUCCUGGCUCCAAGUCUGGUCCAGAGGAUGGCUCUAAACGUGAACCUAGUCCUGAACUUCAUUCAAGCCUGCUGAGCAAACCAUCAGUUGGGACUACAUCAGCUUCUGCACCCACCUCUCUUGCCAUUCCAUUGCUGGGAAAAGCUUUUAUGACUGAGGAUAAGGUGUCAAAAAAGGAAGAUGCAUUUGAUCCUGGGCCUCUACAAACCUCUACUCCAAUUGUCCCCAUGCCUGGAUCCAUUCCAGGUUUCACUCCCGUCACCGUUCAACCUGAACCCUGUUCUGGCACAGGUUUUCCAGUUACCCAAACUCCCCCUGACCCAAGCUCCAGCCCUUAUCUGGAAUCAGGGUUGAGUGCUAGCCAAGUUUUAAUAAGCUUUGGUUCUUCCUCUCCUUCUUCGUUCCCAAUCAAGACCCCCUCUUCAGAGACUUCAUUAAAAACUCAUAUCUCUCCCGUGGUCACACCGAGCCCUAAACUAAGAAAUACCCCACCAGAGGCUGCAAAAACUAUUCAUUCCCCUGCCCUCACUCCCAGCCCCAAACUCCCAUCAGGCCGAGAGAUGACUAGCCAAUCCCUUGUUCCUUCUCCAUCCUUUGGAAAAAGUGCUAGUCCCUUACAAGUCCGAACUCCCUCCCCUGCUCUCACUUCCAGCCCCAAACUCCCAUCAGGCCGAGCGAUGACUAGCCAAUCACCUGUUCCAUCUUCAUCCUUUGGAAAAAGUGCUAGUCCCUUACAAGUCCGAACUCCCUCCCCUGCUAUGAUGGGUAGCCCCAGACUUGACACCAUAACAGUAUCCCAACAAAGCCCUUCUUCUACGGAAGCCAACAGAAACCUGUCCUCCAGAAGUUCACCAAGUCCAAAUUCAAAGUCAGCAAGUGUGAUGUCCAUAACAUCGUUGACCAAACAGGAUAUGCUUUCAAUCCCAUUAUCUCCAAAGAAACAAGUGCUGGAAGGAGCCAGAACCCCAACGACUGAAGACAAAACUGAAUUACCGAGGGUGGGGAUUCUCAAAACAGCUAAACUCUCACCAACAGAGGGAGAUUCUCAAGGUUCUGCCCUUUACUCUCCACCUGAUCAGCUUUCUAAAGACAGACUGAGCAGGUCCUCUCUGUCCCCUUGCACACCCCUGUCCCCCUCUUCACCUAUGGGGAGCAGAGUGAGUAGUGUGACCAUCGUAAAAGCCAGCCCUGACAGAAACCGAGAGUUUUCUGUUGUCACUAUGGUGGAAGAGAAAGAAUCCUCUACCUCAAUAAAAGACCAGAAGGGAGAAACAAUAAUUAGUCCAGCCUUUCGUCAGGGGGGAGAGGUCUAUGUUUCAGCUGUUGGACAACCUGAAAGUCAAAGUGGAGAGAGUCCUGUAGCAGAGGGUAGGCCAAGGGUAGUCCAAGAGAAGGAAGAUAUGGUGGAGAUGGAAGAUAUUGGGGACUGUAAAGUGACGCAGGAGGAAGAAGCAGAGCGGGGGGAGGAGUUGGAGAAGAUAGUGAACAUUUAGUCAAAACUUAACUGUCAGAUGUAGGCUCAUCGAUUAACAAACAAAAGGCUCUGAUACUCCAAAGAAAGAGUGCACCACACAGAUAAGAUAACUGCUUAACUGACUAAUGUACAAUCAGAUACUCUUCCCCUGCUACAUUAAAAGGAUGAUACGAUGGAUAUGUUUUAGUUUCACUCUGAACCAAAGUCAGACUAGUAGGGCCAUCUCUAGAGCCCGGACACAAUUUAGCCAACGACUAGACUUGAUAUCAAUUGUCAUGUUUUAAACACCUUAUGAAAGUGUCAUCUUAUCUAAAACUGAAACAGAAUGCAUUUUGGGAAUGAUCAAUGUAUUUCUGUUUUGUAGUUAACAAGGUAAAACUUGUAGAUGCUGAUAAAGUCCUUCAGUUAAUGUCGGAUUUCCAGUGCAUUGCAGGGCUAUGGUUGCCGGUUAGCAUAAAUACUAUCUUUAUUUUGUUAAUAUUAUUUCAGUUUGCCUUGGGUUCAGUUAGUGUUUUCCUACAUUUGCCAACAUGUAAAAUAUGUGACAGGCUUACCACCUGGCUGAUUGAAAAAUGAAUUCAUGAAAAGGUGUUUAAUUGACUUGCUAACAUGAUGGCUACAUUAGAGUCCUUAACAAGAGUAAUUCAUUAAAUGUUUUGAGUGCCACUAUAUUUAUCAUUUGAUGUACACCCCACAGUCAUUGAUGUGACCAUAUAGUAAAGUCACUCCAGCAAUAUCACUUUAUUAAUAGUACGUUCUUAUACUAUUGUAGCAGGCACUUCCACUGCUAGAUAUAUUACAUUUCCAAUAUACUAGUCACUCAAAUCACAAACUAGUAUUAUGGAACUCUGAGAUGUGUAUAUAUCCAGAUAAGAUUAUUUGUUAUAAUGUCAUUGUGUGAUCGGUUUAACAAAAAUGGAACCAGAAGCGAGAGACUGUGCUGAAUAUUUUAUUAUCUAGCAGUACAUUCCAAGGCAAAACAGUGUGGGGGCCUCAUACCUGAAAUAAGCUCUCAAAUUACAGACAUGAAAGUUCCACAAAAUAAACUCUGCAGUCGUUAAAAAUGUGCAACUGAAAAAAUAAUGGAUUUUAAAGUAUAUUUUGUAUUUGAUUAUUGCACAUUGAUGACUAUAGCACUCUUCAUUCAUAUGGUUUGUUCCCCCUCGUAUAAUUAUAGCGUAGAACUCACUCUUAUAUCCAUCAUACCUGCGAAAACUACUUAUUGUCAAGCAUUAUUAAAAGACAAAUUCCAACAUUGAAGCUGUUUGGUUACAGGCAGUAUAGCUGUGGUUUCUAACAUAGUAAAAGUUGUUGAUGUUUACAUACAGUACACACAGCUUCACCUUUACUGGGUCUCUAUCAUGGAUAUCUUAUAAGAACUGUAUACCUGACCACAAGGUCGCGCCAAUUCAAACGGAUUACAGAUUUCUCACAAAGUUUCUCAAAGUUAUCCAGUUUCUGGGUUAACUUCCUGGCAUUGUGACGCACUGAUAUGUAGGAAGUAAGAAACUCUCAUUAAUCAAAGUAUAUAAUCGCAAGUGUCAUAAUCUUGUUGGCAGUUAGAGGUGUCCUAUCAACACUGUCACAGACGUCUACUGGUGGGAGAAUACUUUUUUGGGCCACAAGGGGAUUUUUCUCUAAAACCGCAUAUUGCCAUUCCACCAAAUUGGAAGCAGGGCUGAGUGGCAGCAGUGUAUCCAGCUCUUAUUACACAUCCAUGCUCCCUGUACUCACUUUAUAAAUAACAAAUACUACAGUAACAAGGCCAUUAUUUAGCUUGCUGCAAUAUGUAUGAAUAUAAUGUAAAUAUUUGGUUUAGAUUGCAACAUUUUAAGAGCAAUUACAUUUUUUACAAACUUGAUUGCAUUGUUUUUGAGUUGGUAGGAUGAAUAAAAUCAUCAGGACAUCUGUGAAGAUAAAAUAGUGAAUUAAACAUAAUUUUGGCUUCUUACUGGUCCUUAAUAGGAAACUAACCAGAACCUGAAGUCUCUUUUCCUCUUCCAUUUCUCCCAUCUACUGUUGUGACCUAUUUUCGUUUUUCAAAGCUGACAUAUGAACAGAAUGUCUCUUUCCAAUACGUAUAAAAUACCAUUCAGUUGGAUAUACAGUACAUUAUCGUUAUCCAGGCCGCUGCAGUAAAUGUAGACUCUUUCAUGAUUUAUUCAUGUUUGUACCAUCAGCACUUCACACAUCUAUCACCUUUCAUAGAUGUAGUAAAGCUGCUGUGUCAUCAUCAACAUAUUUAUUCUAUUAUAACCAGCCGUAUCUUUCCAACAAUGCUCAUGCAUUAACCUGUAGGAAAAUAAUUUACAAUAUCAUAUCAAGUUGGAACAUAAUAAGUGUAAAUCUGUGUAAACAGUGCCAUGUUUUUUGGUUUUUUAAAUAUGCACUAUAACAAAUGUCUAAAUGCAUCCAUGUGAAGCUGUGGGUCUGGAUCUUCUGCAAUAAGCUCUGGAACCUGGGCCCAGUCCAGUAUAGCUUUAGAACAUAUUCAGGGGCUAGUUAGGUUACUAAGUAAAUUUGAUUUGAGUUAUGCAUGGGCGGUUCUUGGGGGGGGGGGGGGGGGGGGGGGGUGCAGGGGGUCCACCUGUGGCCCCCAUCCAAAAUAAUAUAUCUCUGAUCAUGUAAAAAAGUUAGUGUGCUGUAACCCAGGCCAAAGAUAACAUGGAUGUUUGGUUUUUUUUCAUUAAUGCAAUUUAAUAAGUUGAAACUAAGUUAGUGAAACCACUGUUAUGAGUAAAACAAAUCCCAACAAAUAUUAACAAAUAUAAUAAGAACAAAUAGAUCCCGGAGAUCGAAUGUGGCUAAAAUAUUAUUAUUAAAUGAUAUGCAGAAUGAAGUGUCAGACAGGACAUGUUUUCACACACCAGCAGCAGUCUUAAUGUGUGGAUAAUGUUGCUUUUCUUUACCGUGUACGAUCGGUUGCUUGUAUCUUCAUUUGAACUUUAGGUCAACACAUGCAAAUAGACAUGGUUUUAACAAUGGGACCAUAACAAAAACAUUCUGGUCAGCUUGACUUGUUAUGGCCCUAGGAUUUUUAAACAAUAAUGCAAAAAGACAAUUACAAAAAUGGUGAAGUGUCAGUCAUUACACAGACCAGCAGCUACUGAAGUCCAUAUCAAAGCAUCACUGAACAGCUACGCCUCAAACGUAUUAUUCCCACUUUAGAUCCUCAGAUUGAUGAUGUAUCCUCUCUACCAGGACCUGGCACAUAUGAACAGUGUUCUGCACAUGCUGGUGAUGACAUGUAAAUAUGCAUAUGUAUCAUAUUGUACUCUAAUGAAAUAAAUACCACAAUUAUGCAUUUCAAACCUGUGUCCUUGUUGUGA